AUGACGAGUAGAAAGACGAGCUCUGAAAUGUUUUCCAGAUUCAGCACCUCCCGACAGACGCUCACCUGGGUUCCUGACUCCUUCUUCUCCAGCCUCCUGAGCGGCCGCAUCUCGACGCUGAAGGAUGACGAUGGAGCCAUCUUCAUCGACAGAGACCCCUCCCUGUUCGCUCCAAUCCUCAACUUCCUGCGGAGCAAAGAGCUGUACCCUCGCUCCAUCAACGUGCACAUGCUCAUGCACGAGGCGGAGUUCUACGGGAUCACGCCCCUGGUGCGGAAGCUGCAGCUGUGCGACGAGCUGGACCGGUCCUCCUGCGGAAAUGUUCUGUUCAACGGAUACCUGCCCCCACCAGUUUACCCGGCCAAGCGCCGGAACCGUCACAGCGUAGCCGGACCACAGUUCAUGGCGGGUCGGGCCGUGCCGGCGGAGAGAGCGCCGGUCAGACGCAGCAACACGAUGCCUCCGAACCUGGGGAACUCCGGGAUUCUGGGUCGGACCGAGGAGCGGACGUCUGCAGGUGGAUCCUCAGAUUCCGGCAUGGUUCGGAUCAUCUGCGGACACCAUAACUGGAUCGCCGUGGCGUAUGCUCAGUUCGUCGUCUGCUACAGGAUGAAGGAGUCCACCGGCUGGCAGCAGGUCUUCACCUCCCCUCGCCUCGAUUGCAUGAUCGACAGAGUCGCCCUCAACGCCAAGGUGAUGGGCGGCUCGCUGGGAGACAAUGACAAGAUGGUGGCCGUCGCCUCGGUAACGGAGAUCAUCCUCUGGUCCAUCUGUCCCGACGGCAAUGGGAAUGAAAUCGGCGUCUUCAGCCUCAAUGUGCCGGCAGAGGCUCUCUUCUUCGUUGGUAACCAGCUGAUCGCCACCAGCCACACCGGAAAGGUCGGCGUCUGGAACGCCGUCACCAAGCACUGGCAGAACCAGGAUGUGGUUCCGAUCAGCAGCUACGACACGGCCGGCUCCUUCCUCAUCCUGGGCUGCAACAACGGCUCCAUCUACUACAUCGACGUUCAGAAGUUUCCUCUGAGGAUGAAGGACAACGACCUGCUAGUGACGGAGCUCUACAGAGAUCCAACCGAAGACGCCAUCACUGCACUCAGCGUCUACCUGACCCCCAAAACCAGUGACAGCGGGAACUGGAUCGAGAUCGCAUACGGGACCAGUUCUGGCACGGUCCGGGUUAUCGUCCAGCACCCGGAGACGGUGGGCUCCGGGCCGCAGCUGUUCCAGACCUUCUCUGUCCACCGUAGCCCCGUCACCAAGAUCAUGCUAUCUGAGAAGCACCUGAUCUCAGUCUGUGCCGAUAACAACCAUGUGCGAACAUGGACGGUGACCCGCUUCAGAGGGAUGAUCUCCACCCAGCCUGGGUCCACUCCGCUCACCUCCUUUAAGAUCCUGAGCCUGGACGACAUCGACGGACACGGCGGCUGCAGCGCCGGGACUGAGAUCGGUCCGUAUGGGGAGCGAGACGACCAGCAGGUGUUCAUCCAGAGGGUGGUUCCAGAUACAGACAAGCUCUACGUCAGGCUGUCGUCCAACGGGAAGAGGGUGUGCGAGGUGCGAUCGGUGGACGGGACCUCCAUCACCGCCUUCAUGGUGCACGAGUGCGAGGGCUCAAGUCGCAUCGGCUCGCGCCCGCGGCGAUACCUGUUCAGUGGCCAUAGCAACGGCAGCAUCCAGAUGUGGGACCUGACCACGGCCAUGGAGAUCGCUGGGAAGGUGGACAUCAGAGCUCUGGGCGGGCCGACGGAGGAGGAGCUGCUGGAGCUGCUGGACCAGUGUGACCUGGCUCUGACGCGGACCCCUGACAGCACGCCGCGAGCCUCCACCUGCAGCCUCCACUCUCAGCUCAGCGACAGUUUGCGGUCCGAACGUUUCCACUCAGGAGGACGGGGACCAGCCGGGGCGUCCGGAUCCUCCGCCUCACUGUGCGGCAGCCUCCCUCGGCAGACUCCGCCCCCCCUGAGCAGGCCGCCCAGAGAAGCCGCCCUGUCUGCUGGCUUCCAGGGUUUCUACGGCCACGGACGCAAUCAGAGCCCGAGCCCCCGCCACCAGCAGGACAGGGAGGCGGUCCGCCGGGGCAGUUUCGUUGAGCGCUGCCAGGAGCUCGCCAAGGGACCCGAGGGAGCGGCGAGCUCAGCCUUUGGAAUGCCGCCCUGGUCGGAGGGCGUGAGGCGAAGUGUGGCGGUCUGCAGCGAGCUGGAGGCCAGAUUCAACAUCAGGACCCCCACCAGCUUCACCGUGUCUCCAGGAUCCCGGCACCCGCAGGGAACACCUUCAUCCAUGUCCUCUUCGCCGUCACCUUCCUCUUCAUCGCACAGGAGGACCACACCCUCCUCUCCGACUAGCCCCGCCUCCUCGGUGCAGAGUCCAAACCGGUCUCUGACGCCAUCAUCUCCGCGCCAGGGCACCGCAGCGUCACCCGCUGAAGCAUCAGCAGAGAGUCCGUCCAGUCCGGAUGGAACCGGUGGGGGGGCGCCAUCCAGCCCCAAACCACCCAUGAACGAGACCAGCUUCUGAUUGGCUGAGAGGACUGAAACCUGCUUCUGAUUGGCUGAGAGGACUGAAACCUGCUUCUGAUUGGUUGAGAGGACUGAAACCUGCUUCUGAUUGGCUGAGAGGACUGAAACCAGCUUCUCAUUGGUCGAUGGGCCCAUACCAUUCCCUGACUGGCCAACCAAUUAUUCAGCAGCAUCAGGAUCAGGUUCCUUUUAGUUUUAAACUCCAUUUUUCUCCAGACUUCCAGCAGGUGGCACCAUAGAGUCAGGAAUAAACACUACAGCUGCUUGAGUUGACUGGAGUUGAUGGUUUCAGGAUUAAGAAGGCGGAGCUUGUUAAUUUAAAGGUAACAUUUCACUCAGGAUCUGACAGAAAUCAGAACUGGACCUGACUGAGACUCAGCUGAUGGGUUAAAGGUCACGGUGUGUUUGGGGACAUUUGUUUUUCUAGCUUUUUCUAUCUGACUUAGUUUCUGGAUCUUUUCUGGUCUGAUUUCUACCGAUAACUUUAACAGAAGAUUUAUUUUUAUCAUUUCUACCCGAAGUUUAACUUAAAACCUGAAGGAGGCAGCAUCUAAACCCUGGAAUAUUGAAAUAUUUAUAUUUAAAGUUUUCUAUAACGUUAAUUCAUAUAUUUGAAUGUUUGUUUGUUGUGUCUCAGCUGAACAAGAAUAGAAGGUUUGUGUAAAGAACCGCCAGGUUCUACCAUCUUCUGCUGUACUUCAGUAAAACCUAAAUUCAUUUUUUGGAGUUUUGCCUGUUUUAUUUUCACU